AUGUCCUUCCAUCCUUUCGGCGGCCGCGUCUCGAACCGAUUGCGCGAUACGCUGUCUGAUAAAGAGCUAUCCGAAGCAUAUCUCAUCUAUAAUGACGUCAAAUUGACUCGAAGAGAUUACAAUAGCAUAAAAGAUGACUGGCUUACGGAUGAGGUCAUCUCCUUCUGGGAGGAAUACUUGGAGAGAGAAGAGCUGUCAAAAUACCCACAAGCCACGAUAUCACUCUUACGGCCCUCCAUGGCACAAUUACUUCGAAAGACCCCGGACCCGCUUACGCUCAAAUCAAAUCUGCCUGAUUUCACCAGGACGACCCAUGUGUUUCUCCCAGUAAAUAACAGCGAGGACGUUACUGAGGCAGAAUCGGGCUCGCACUGGUCUUUGCUCUUGGUCUCCACUAUCGAUCAAGUUGCUUUCCACUAUGAUUCGCUGGGUACCGAAAACAUUGUGCAAGCAGGAAAAGUUACCCAAAACUUGGGUCGCCUUAUCAACAAGCACAUCAAAUUCAUCAACAUGGAGGACGCGCCGAUACAGAACAACGGCAGUGACUGCGGUGUGUUCGUGUGCUUGAUUAUGAAGCACCUGUUGCUUAACAGGCUUUUGACGGUGCCCUCAAAGAAGAAAAUCAGUAUGAGUAUGGUCGGGCGUGAUAUAGAUGCCGAUAAGGGACGCCAUGAGAUGAGGCGUCUUAUCAACAAGUACAGGGAUCAGGCUUCGAAAUCGUGA